AUGCUCAUUCUCUUCCUCCUGACGACGGUUUUCGCCGCCGAAGUCGUCGUUAAGAUGACUCCGAAGGCCGUUGCUCAUGUAUUCAAAAAGGAAAUGUCAUCACUUCACACCUCACUUCUUCACCUCAAACCUCCACCAUUCAAAGCCACGUAUUUGGGUCUUGAGGUGACAAUUGACCACCUUCAAGUUGUUGAUUUAAAAAUGCCGAAACUGACUUAUGAGACUGCUCCGUCACCAAAUCAUAUGACAUUUAAAAUGAUCGGUGGAUCAGCCCGUCUUCUUGGGCAGUAUUCAGCAGUAUACAAGACAAAAAGAGAGGGACAAUUUGAAAUGAUUUUGGAACAUUUCCAUCUAUCCAUUCCGGUGCAAAGAAAUGCUUUGACUAAAUUUACGGUUACCUCUGACAAAUGCACACUUGAAGUGGACGAAUCGAUGAUCACAAUGAGUCCAGUGCUUCCAGAACAAAUUUCUGCAAAAAUUAAAGAGGAUCUUUUGGAACAACUCAGAGAAGCAUCUUGCUUGAAAGCCACGACGCUCAUCUCCAAGAUGAACACUCAUUUGAUGCAUUUCGCAGAAGCCACUGAUAUCAGUCAAGGAGGACAUCCAUCUCAUAUCAAUGUGGAACUUCACUUCCAGAAUCCGACUGCCGAGGAUGACUCAGCAAUCCACGUGGAAGUGUCUGAAAGUGUUAUCAAUGCUGAACUCUCCAAGCUGUUCUCCAUUGCAAAUACCCGAUUCAUCUGGAAUGAUGUUCCAGAAAUCAAAAAUGCUGUCAAAGAAUGCAAGACUGUUGAAUGCAAAUUUUUCGAAGAUGGUGAUAUUGUUUCGUCAUUUUUCGACCGCCCAUCAGUCAAGAUUCAAUCCGACGACAGUAUCUGUCUCACCCUUCCACUGACAACUUCCUUAACAACUUCAAGUGGACAAGAGCUUUUCAAAAUUAAAACCGAUGUCAACCUAAUUCUUGAAGACGUUGCUCUAGAACAUCCAGAAAAUGGAGACGUCCAAUGGAGGGCGAAAUUCCAAAUCAAGGAUAUCAAGGUUCUUCAAACAUCCAGCUCUAGAAACUUCCAAAAGUUUGCAAGCACUAUGGAAUCGUGGAUUGUUACUCAUAAAGGAUUCCUUGAGAAUCUCCUGAACACCUACAUCCGUGGUAGCCUACCAGUCCAUCUCCGAUCUCCUCUUGUCUGGACGCAACGCCUUCACGGACGCCCCAAUUUUUCUACAUCAUCGCUCAAUUUUCAUGUUCAUCCACACUUCUCACCAUCGCUUCGAGUCAUGGUCUAG